GAGUCAGACUUAUCGCAAGGUGACCGUUCAACAUUCCCCUAGACCAGAUCUAGUUGUUUAGCAAACAUGAAAGGCUCACUUCUGUUGAUAGCAUUCGUGAUCAUGGGCAUAAUGGGAGAUUUCUCCCUAGCUCUCCAAUGUUAUUCAUGUGAGAACAAAGGGGACAAGGGUGAAUCAUACUGCCUGAAAAAUUUACAAGAUGAAAUGUCUCCUGUAGAGUGUGACCAAGGCGUCACAAAGUGCUACGCUAGACUUCUCAGCUACAUUAACCACGAUACUAUGAAGGCCGGGUCCGUUAACAUCGAACGGCGUUGUAAGCAGAACGGAGAUGAUUGUGAAUUACACGAUGUUCAGAUUGUUGACGGUAAAGAGAAUGUAAACUACUCAGCUUGUUGUAUCGACGACAAAUGCAACGACCAGGACAUGCGAACAAUCCACUCCGAAAUCUAAAAUGAAAAGAAAACUGACAGACACAUUACAUUAUGUUCUGACUUUGGCAUUACAUUAUACCCCCCGCCGCUCGCGAAAUUAUUUUUCCCACCGCAGUUGUGGAAGCCAAUAUGAAUAUUCCAAUAUGAAUAUUCAUGACUUGCGUCUUCGGAAUAAGAGUAAGCAUGCGCGUACAAAAUUAAUCGUCGGUGGUCGUCGUUAACUAUAGCGCUCACGUUGCCACAAAUUAACCAGCACUCUCAAAUUACCGGUACCCUUAUAUAAGUUACAUAGGCCUUAUAUCUAGAUCCAAUUCUUAAACACUUAUCAAACUGCCAUUAAUGACAAGACAGAAUGAUAGACUAGGGCUAGCUUAGGCUAGCGCAUUAACUUAUCUCAAAUCUGGACCUGUCUAAUACCUAAUGCCGACUAAUGCUAUGGUUAACUUCGAACUGGUUAAUUCAGAACUUUACGUUCAAUUAGGUUAGACCAAUUAGCUUAUAGUAGCCUUUAAUAGGUCUAGUCCGUUGAGUCGUGGUUUGAAAUACUCAUGCAUGUUUGUUUGUUUCUUAUGUGCUUGCUUGUGCAGAGGUGCGAGUGAUUGCAUGUUAAUGUUAAGGUGCAUGAAAACGAUUAAAAGAAACCGCUGAGAAACUCACUCAUCACCACGGAAAAAAGAACAGUGACUUUCAAUAUUGUGUAAUUUUGCAACUUUUGACUUUUGACCUUGCCCCACAUUUCAAGGCACUGCACCUCCAUAUGAACCAUAAUCAUAUCUUGUAGGGUAUCAUUUUAAAGAUAAUUAAAUUAUCUAUUUAUUGAUAUUAAUUACACAUUGACAUUAACUAAAUCCGAGGAGGGAUUAUCGAUCAAAGUCAGAUUUCCAAACUUUUUUGAGGAGUUUAUUUUUGGUGACUGACAGGUCAUUUACAUGUGCAGAAAGAACCCUUUGAAACCAUCUUUCUGACACUUACCUUACUCCGACAAACGUUGAUACGUUCCAAAUUAAUUAAAUGCCUAUUUCAUUUUGAUUUGAUUGAUGGUUGAAUUAGUUUCAUAACUUGGGUCACAGAAUCUGGGAGAGAGCUUUACUGUACAAGUGGGACAUCUUUUCGUGAUUACUCAUGUUCAUUUUAAUGUUCGAUUGACUCAUUCUAAUGUAAACAUACUACCAGUGAUAAAUAUAUUGAAAUUGGAUUAUAUGGAAUGAUUUCUUCAUGUUUAUGAAUAUUGUGUAUUGGCAUAACCCUAGGUAAUCAAAUGUGAUAUAUAUAAAUGCUAUCUAUAAAAUAUGUUAUGGCAAAUACUGUGAAGCCAUUUCCCCUACUUUUUGCUGAUAUAGAUAGAUAACAGCCCUUUACUUUUCCUCUUCGGUCUGCAUACACACAUUAAUUUUUGAAAGGGUGGUAAAUUAUUUCUACAUUAUCUAUACAUUUAAGUUACAUUUUUGGUGACAGUUGUAGUUUUAAAACGUAUAUGGUGACAUUUGGAGGUGUAUAACAUUAAAGCAUAUUAAACGAAAGCUUCAAUUU